CUGCAACAAAAACAAAGAUGGCGGACUGUUUCUCGUAGAACGAGGAAAGUAUUUUAUUAAAAACAUGGAGUGGGUCAGAGGGUCGGAACGAGUAGAGGACCAAGAGAGAAGGCUUCUUCUCGACAGAUUCUACCACAGAGUUAAGCGUCAAAUACUUCAAUAUCAGAGUGGAAGUAUUGGUCUUUUUCCUCUUAAGACAUCAUCCAAAGAUAGAUGCCGGGAGAGUCAUGUGCGGGAGAACAUCUACUGUGCAAUGGCUGCCUGGGGAGUAGGGACAGCCUAUAGACACAUGGGUGAUAACCAAGGAAGAACCUACGAACUGCAGCAGAGUGCGGUCAAGUGCAUGAGAGGCAUUCUAUUUUGCUACAUGCGCCAAGCUGACAAGGUGGAGCUGUUCAAGCGUAACCAGUUGAGUGAGAACUCACUGCAUGUGUUGUUUGACGUGAACACGGGGGACCCUAUCUACAAGGCUGAUACUGAGUAUUCACACCUCCAGACAGAUGUGGUGUCCCUGUACAUUAUCACUCUGGCACAAAUGAUUUCUACUGGUCUCCAGAUUAUUUACACAAGUGAUGAAGUGAAUUUUAUUCAGAAUUUGGUGUACUACAUCGAGAGAGCCUACCGUACACCAGACUAUGGCAUGUGGGAAAGAGGAAGCAAAGAGAACAUUGGUCACAAGGAGCUGAAUGCCACGUCAAUAGGGAUGGCGAAGGCUGCACUGGAAACUAUUAAUGGAUUCAAUUUAUAUGGUGGGCAGGGCACCUCAUCCUCUGUGAUCUAUGUGGAUCCUGAUGCGCAUAACCGCAACAGCACCAUCCUACACUCCCUGCUUCCUGUGGCCUCUUCCUCUAAGGUCACAGAUGCGUCACUGCUGAUGAUCACAGGAUUUCCUUGCUUUGCAGUGGAUGACGAUACUCUGCGGAAAAAGACUCAGGCUUUGGUGCUGGAAAAGUUAGAGGGUAAAUAUGGCCUGAAACGCUACAUGCGGGAUGGCUACAAAUGCGUGCUGGAAGAUAAAAACAGAAAAUACUACGAGAAACGAGAGCUGGAGUACUUUCAUGGUAUUGAAAACGAGUGGCCAAUAUUCUUCGCAUAUUUAGCAAUUGAUGCUCGGUUUCGCCAUGAUUACGAAUGUGCCAACCACUACGUAAAGCUUCUCCAGGAUGGACUGCUGACAAGUAGUGAUUAUGGUGACGUCAUGCCACAUUAUUACUAUGUACCCAAGAUCUAUAUAGAUGCCGAAAGGCGCAAGCCACACUCCCAGGUCCGACUACACUCAGAGGGAGAGGAUUUGUUCCUGUGGGGACAAUCGAUGCUUAUUCUGAUGGAGUUACUGGCUGAGGAUUUACUAGAUAUCAAUGAGCUUGACCCAAUUGGACGACAUCUGAUCCCCUCGGCAAAGGCACGACAUUCUUUCAACUACAGAUACUCGUACUUUACGGUGUCGGAGGCUGAUAUUGUUGUCCAGGUUGCUCUGAUAUCAGAGAGCAGAAACUUGCAGUCUAUCUUGGCGACCUUCGGCAUCGAGACACAGACUCCACAGCAGAUUGAACCGAUUCAGAUCUGGCCCCCUGCUCAGCUUAUUCAGGCUUAUGAGAGAUUAGGUGUCAAUCAGAAGCUAGGGAUGAUGGGAAGACCGUCUCGACCAAUAGGAGCGCUAGGGGCAAGUAAGAUCUAUCGUAUUCUUGGUCGUACGGUGGUGACCUACCCCAAGCUCCUGGAUGAGUUGGAUUUCUACAUGUCAUGGGACAUGUUUCUUGUCAUUGAUGAAAUUAAGUCAGUGUUGUCGUUUGUGCGUAACAACUGGAGCAUGCGCGGAAGACCUACGCUCUGCUUCCUGCUCAAGGAGAACAACCUCAGGGGCAAACAUUUUCACGAGAUGUUGGAUCUGUUGGCCUCCUUCAAGAGUGGAGAGUGCGCCGGUGUCAAGGUCAGGCUGGGGAAACUGCAGACCCUUGUAUCUACUGGUUGCACUGAGCACUUGGACUUCGUACAGCCCGAUGACGAGUUAAGCGCAAGUAGGACUGACACGGAGGAGAUGGAGUUUGAGCGGCAAAGGAUCAUGGAAGUAGAACCAAUAGAGGCCAGUCCCUCCCGGCAGAGUACCCGCUUCAAGCGCCUGAGCCGUUCACUGACUGUCAAUGAUGAUGAUGACAAGGGGAACCCUUUGGAUGAUGAGGAUGGGAGAGAGCUGGUGACGAAAUCUCGUGAAAGCCUUGUGUAUGAUCUGCAGUCCACUACCUCGCUAGCAAAACAAAUGCUUAUCCUUCAAGAGCUUCUAAAGCGUGAGGGUAAAGACUUCAUGACUACGGAUGGUACAGUCCUUGAGCGCAUCGACUCCGUUUACCGCAGGGCGGGCUAUGACAGGAACUGGUCUGUGGUGCGGAGAGGGGCGGGACUCCUUGGCAAGCUUGCAGACAGCUUAGCACCUGGCAUCACCACCAUCCUUGUGUCUGGGAAAGUGGUUACUAUCGGCAUGUACGGUCACGAGGAAGAUGUGAUUUACGAGCCCAUCACGCCAGCUACAAUACAGAAAAUCCUGUACACCUAUUGUUAUCCACAUGACGUCAGAGAGGCAGUGCUACAGCAGGAGAUGGUGCUUUACCUGGCAUCAUAUGUUGCCACCAUGCCGGAAGCCUUCACCGGGAUGCUCAAGAUCAGGAUUGGCUGGAUCAUACAAGCCAUGCGCCACCUACUGAGCUACGGACCUAACCUAGGGUCACUAUAUGCUCAGCCACCAAGCGGCAUCAAAAAGCUCCUUAAGAUUGUGCUCAAGUCACGAGGCAAGCUACAUGGACAAGACCUAGCACCCAAGAAUCCACUGCAGAUCCGCCAGCUUGACGGCGCUGUACAUCGUGUUCCACCCGGUUUCUAUGACAAAGUCUGGAAUAUACUGUGCAGUUCACCUGGGGGCAUCAAAGUCAGCAACCAUCACCUUGACCAGCUGCCAACGAUAUCUGACAUGACCAAACAAGAGAGGAAUUUCCAGCUGAAAGUAGAAGAGCUUCUGAGCGACAUUUCAAAUCCUGAGUACAGACAGCUGGUAGUGGAGUUGUUGGUUGUCUUGGCAACUAUUCUGGAACGCAAUCCCGAGGUGGAUUUUGAUGACUGCAUCGACCUUGAUAGUUUUCUAGAAGAAGCAAUAAAACUCUACCUCAUCGAUAAUCCAGCAACGGAGCCUGAGCAGUUCUUCAACACUCCUCCAGACGGAAAAGGUGGGACCACCACUUACCUGACGAGGGCGGUGGUCAAUAGUCUCCUUGCAGAGGGGAUGGAUGUGGAGUCUUGCAGUGUCAGCUGAGCGGGAUCUUGGCACAACCGGGGAACAUCAGCCCACUGGUACAUGGUACAUGGACCUUCUAACUAUAGAAACAUCAACUUACUGGUACAUGGUACAUGGACCUUCUAACUAUAGAAACAUUAACUUACUGGUACAUAGUACAUGGACCUUCUAACUAUAGAAACAUCAACUUACUGGUACAUGGUACAUGGACCUUCUAACUAUAGAAACAUCAACUUACUGGUACAUGGUACAUGGACCUUCUUACUAUAGAAACAUCAACUUACUGGUACAUGGUACAUGGACCUUCUAACUAUAGAAAUAUCAACUUACUGGUACAUGGUAAAUGGACCUUCUAACUAUAGAAACAUCAACUUACUGGUACAUGGUACAUGGACCUUCUAACUAUAGAAACAUCAACUUACUGGUACAUGGUACAUGGACCUUCUAACUAUAGAAACAUCAACUUACUGGUACAUAUCACAUGGACCUUCUAACUAUAGAAAUAUCAACUUAAUGGUACAUGGUACAUGGACUUUCUAACUAUAGAAACAUCAACUUACUGGUACAUGGUACAUGGACCUUCUAACUAUAGAAACAUCAACUUACUGGUACAUGGACCUUCUAACUAUAGAAACAUCAACUUACUGGUACAUGGUACAUGGACCUUCUAACUAUAGAAACAUCAACUUACUGGUACAUGGUACAUGGACCUUCUAACUAUAGAAAUAUCAACUUACUGGUACAUGGUACAUGGACCUUCUAACUAUAGAAACAUCAACUUUCUGGUACAUGGACCUUCUAACUAUAGAAACAUCAACUUACUGGUACAUGGUACAUGGACCUUCUAACUAUAGAAACAUCAACUUACUGGUACAUGGUACAUGGACCUUCUUACUAUAGAAACAUCAACUUACUGGUACAUGGUAAAUGGACCUUCUAACUAUAGAAAUAUCAACUUAAUGGUACAUGGUACAUGGACCUUUUAACUAUAGAAACAUCAACUUACUGGUACAUGGUACAUGGACCUUCUAACUAUAGAAACAUUAACCAACAUGGCACAUGGAACACCUUGAUGUAGUCAUUAUUGUAUUCGACAUGAACGUCAAAAUAGGACAUCAAUAUUUUGUACAACAUCAACAUCUUGUUUGUACAACAUGGACUCCACAAAAAAAUCAUCAUCUUGUUAGUACAUGGAUCUGACAAAGGAUCAUCAUCAUGUUGGUACAUGGACUCCAUAAAAGGACCAUCAUCUUGUUGGUACAUUGACUUCACAAAAGGACCAUCAUCUUGUUGGUACAUGGACUUCACUAAAGGAUCGUCAUCUUGUUGGUACAUGGACUUCACAAAAGGACCAUCAUCUUGUUGGUACAUGGACUCCAUAAAAGGACCAUAAUCUGGUUGGUACAUGGACUCCAUAAAAGGACCAUCAUCUUGUUGUUACAUGGACUCCACAAAAGGACCAUCAUCUUGUUGGUACAUGGACUCCACAAAAAGUCCACCAUCUUGUUGGUACAUGGACUUCACUAAAGGAUCAUCAUUUUCUUGGUACAUGAAUCUGAUAAAGGAUCAUCAUCUCGUUGGUACAUGGAUCUCACAAAAGGAUCAUCAUCUUGUUGGUACAUGGACUCCAUAAAAGGACCAUCAUCUUGUUGGUACAUGGACUCCAUAAAAGGACCAUCAUCUGGUUGGUACAUUGACUUCACAAAAGGACCAUCAUCUUGUUGGUACAUGAAUCUGACAAAGGAUCAUCUUCUUAUUGGUGCAUGGAUCUCACCAAACGAUCAUCAUCUUGUUGGUGCAUGGAUCUCACAAAAGGAUCAUCAUCUUGUUGGUACAUGGACUCCACAAAAGGAUAUGCAAAGAUGGCAAAAACCAUCAAAACUUUUAAAUAUAUCAAUAAAUAAUUAUUAACAAACUGAUUUGAUAAGGUUUAUUGCGGAAACACUGUUUGACCUAGUUUGGGAUAUUAGUAAAAGAUAGUAUAGGACAGUGUUCUUGUUGAUUAGCUGUAAUUAAUUUGCUGAGACUUGCUGAAAACGAUUAGUGUAAUUUGAUACAUUUUUAUAUUAUUCUUAUAUUAUUGGCAGUAACAGCUGCAAUUUAUGCACGCUACAAAAUCAAUAGGUGCAAAGAUAAAGGUUUUCUAGAUGUAAAUAGAACUUGUGUAGAUCUGAUAUGUAAUGGCUAAGAUGUAAAGCUAAUUACGAUAAUGAGUGUCAUUAAAACACAUCAAGUAUCAA